GGCCCCACCUAGCUCCGCCCAUGCUCUUGAGUGAUCAUUUAUAGUAUCAUUUAGACUCUAUACAAACCAUUUACAUAUAUUCUGAUUUACUGUAAACUUUGAUUUUCAGUCGCAGUAACAUGUGAAUUUUAAAUGAAAAACUUAUCAUGUUAUAUAUUUCUAACUGAUCUUAUGAUAUUUUUUAAGCAACUGAAAUCGAAAUAUAUGUUAAGCUAUAUUGUAAAAAAUAUAUUAGCAAUGACAAGAUUUUUUAAAAAAUCUGCGACUUGUUUGUUUGUGAGAAGUUUCGCAUGGAACGAUUAGUGAGCCGAAAUAAUCACUACCGGAAUCAAGUAACUAUCACAUUAGAUUGUUAUCUUGACCAAGUUGUCGACGAUAAUCCGUUGCCAAAUGGCUAUUGUGAUUAAUAUUUGGAAGAUCCGCAAAUAAGAAUUUGUUCUGGAGGUUACAUUGUUGAUCUUCAUUUUAGAAUUUAGAGCCAUGAAAUGAGAUAAAAACUAAUCGAUGCUAGCUACCCUUAUAUAAUAUAUAUUUUUAUAUGGAAGAUUCGUUUUCUCCUCUUAAUUGCAAACUUUUAGGACCAAUAAGAAACCAUAGUAGGCAGUUAGUGGUCAGCCUCUAGCUCCCUUCUUUCGGUAUCCUAUACAUAUAGAGCAAGAAUUUGUGACACUUCACCAAUCAGUAGGUCAUAGUCAUACCACAUAUAUAUGUGUAUAUGAAAGCUCACUUCUCAUAAUUGCCAGCUUAUAGAUAUAGUGCCCAAUGGAUGCUUCUCUCUUAUAUCUUCGUACCACUAGGUUUGAAAGUUUGUUUAACAAUCAGUCAAACAGUCAACUAAGUCACUAAAUUGAAAGAGGACGUUGCCCUUACGGCCUAGGGUUAUCUUCGUCAUUGGCCCGCUACUAGCAUGCUUAUCGAUGGGCCUAAACUACUGAUGGACUGAGUUUGAUUUUGAUGGGCUUUUGUGGUGAUAAGGUCCAUAAAGCCUUUAUCCGUCAUUAGCGUCGAACUCGGCCCAAAUCUCAAAGUCCCGGUUUGAAUAGAGGAGAGAGAGAAACUGAACGAACGCGAAAAUCAGCCCUAAAAAUCGAGGGGGGGUUGCGACUUGCGAGUGUGGAAGAACGAACACCUGCUUCCUUCCGCCAUAGAAUUCCUUAUCAGAGAUUGCGAAGUUUCACUGCGGAGAGAAGAAGUUGCAGAGAUGGAGGCCGGAGACGAAGGAGUUGAGCGAGUCGUAGACUCCAAGGACAUGCAGCAGCAGAGCAAGGCCUUCGAUAAGCUCACCGACCGGGUCGAGGAUCGCCAGCUCGAUUCCACCCGCGUUCAAGAGGCUAUGGCGUCGAUCGCUGCGUCUUCCGAAGCGGAUUGGAAUGCUAUGAGAUUGAGGGAGAAAGAACUGGCUGCAGUGAAGAUCAAUCCAGCAGAUGUCGAUGUAAUCGCUAAUGAAUUGGAGCUGGACAAGAAGGUAGCAGAGAGGACCUUGCGAGAGCACAAGGGAGACGCCGUUGCUGCUAUUCGAUACCUUAUCCAGCAGAUAACUAUUGGGAUGAACUAGAAGCCUGGAACUGAACUUCCUUGAAUCCCCCCUGUAUUCGGUAAAGACUGAAGAUAGACAAAAGAGCUUUCCGCUUCUGCUUGGUGAUGUUAUCUGUGGUGAAUUCAUUCACACAGUUGAGUGCUGGUAGCCUGUGUUCUUGUAUCAACUUUUGACUCUCUACCUUCGAUGCAUUUUUCUGUUAAGAUGAAAUUCUUGCAUGAUUGAUUGAUCGAUUGCCGGGGUCUAAAUAUUGUUAUCAUUUACUAACCAGUCUUGUACUCCUGGGCCGCAAGAAUUUUUUUUUGUGUAGCUGUAUUUUACCAGAAGCGGGAGGCCAGGUUCAGGUCAUAUCCAAUCCGGCAACGAUAAGCAUGGGACCAGAUCAGAAAUAUUAGGGAAAAGGUUUGCAAGUUGAGAAUCGUAAUCUGGUUCAAAUUUUAGUACACAGUGAUUUUGCCUGUUGUGCACCGAAUUCAUCUCGUCCGACGUCCAUGUUGCAUCACCUAAAGUGUCCCCUCGAAUCAUAUUG